UCCGUGAAGCUUCGUGCUGCUGUUGUUUUUGUAGUUUUUUCUGGUUUCUCUCCGCCCAGACUCAACAUGGGGAACUGUUUAACGGUGGGGCCGAACGAGGCGCUGGUGGUGUCCGGUGGCUGCUGUGACUCUGAUGAUAAGACCUACAUGGUGGGGGGCUGGGUCUGGGCUUGGUGGCUCAUCUCAGACACACAAAGGAUCACCCUGGAGAUCAUGACUCUGCAGCCCAGAUGUGAGAGCGUGGAGACGGCAGAGGGAGUGGCCAUCACUGUCACAGGAGUGGCUCAGGUGAAAGUCAUGACGGAGCGAGACUUGCUGGCGAUAGCUUGUGAGCAGUUUCUGGGGAAAUCGGUGAUGGAAAUCAAAGCUGUGAUUAUUCAGACCUUGGAGGGACAUCUGCGCUCCAUUCUGGGGACCCUGACUGUAGAGCAGAUCUAUCAGGACAGGGACCAGUUCGCUAAACUGGUGAGGGAGGUGGCAGCUCCAGAUGUGGGAAGGAUGGGCAUCGAGAUUCUCAGCUUUACCAUCAAGGAUGUGUAUGAUAAACUGGACUACCUGAGCUCUCUGGGGAAGACUCAGACGGCUGCGGUCCAGAGGGACGCUGACAUCGGCGUGGCUGAGGCAGAGAGGGAUGCUGGGAUACGGGAAGCAGAAUGCAAGAAGGAGAUGAUGGACGUCAAAUUCAAGGCUGACACCAAGAUGGCCGACUCCAAGCGAGAACUGGAGCUGCAGAAAGCUUCCUUCAAUCAGGAAGUCAACACCAAGAAAGCCGAGGCCCAGCUGGCGUACGAGCUGCAGGCGGCCAAGGAGCUGCAGAAGAUCCGUCUGGAGGAGAUCGAGAUCCAGGUGGUGCAGAGGAAGAAGGAGAUCACCAUCGAGGAGAAGGAGAUCAGCCGGACGGAGAAGGAGCUCAUCGCCACGGUGAAGAGACCCGCCGAGGCCGAAGCCUACAAGAUGCAGCAGCUGGCCGAAGGACACAAGACUACGAAGGUGCUGCUGGCUCAGGCCGAGUCGGAGAAGAUCAAGAAGAUCGGCGAGGCGGAGGCGUCCUCCAUCGAGGCGGUGGGCAAGGCGGAGGCUGAGAAGAUGAGGCUGAAGGCUGAAGCUUACCAGCAGUACGGAGAGGCGGCCAAGACGGCUCUGGUCCUGGAGGCCCUGCCAAAGAUUGCUUCUAAGGUGGCGGCUCCGUUGGCCAGGACCAAUGAGAUCGUGAUCCUCAGCGGGGAAGGCAACCGUGUGACGGGCGAGGUGAACCGCCUCCUGGCUGAACUUCCUGUUUCUGUCAACGCUCUGACUGGAGUGGAUCUGUCAAAGAUGCCGCUGCUGCAGAAGAUGACCAGCGCUCAGGCCUGAAAGCCGACGGCUCCACGUGACUUUAGUAUCCGUUGUAUGCACUCUCAUAGACUGCCUUUAAUACACUUGAAGAGAAUUUAGUUGUUUUAUACGUAUACACUGUCUACCGAGUGAAUAUCGGAAACCUCUGGUGCCUUACUUUAUACAGGACCAGAAUAUCUGCAUGCACUGCUGCUCAAUGAAAGGUUUCACAUAGGAACAGUUUCAGUUUUUUUUUUUUCCUCUUUAUUAAUUAAUUUAUUUUUUUAUAUAUUUAAAUUGUGUAUAUUUGCCCAUUUGUAUAUUUUGUCACUCAUCUGACCUCCUGACUCUUAUUCAUAUAUUUGUAUUAAGAUGUUAAAAACCUCUUCUUUGAUGAUUAUACAUUUGGUUUUCAUGUUUUUUUUAACCCUCCUGUUGUG